GUGUGUAUUCUUACGACGAAUGCAAAGUUAAAGCAAUCGCCACCUUCACUUCCUUUAUUCUUCUUCUAAUCUCUUUGAAAAAGCUUUAAUUGCCAGAGCUUAGCUCUCUUAAUUUCUUUUACCGGAAAUGGGAUUGGAAGGCGUGGAACCGUCGUCGUUUAUGGCAGAUUUUCUAGCAGGGUGCGGUGGUUAUGCGGUGGUGGACGGUGGGUUGGCCACCGAGCUUGAACGCCAUGGUCAAGACCUCAAUGAUCCUCUAUGGAGUGCCAAAUGUCUUAUCUCUUUUCCCCAACUGGUUCGAAGGGUUCACCUAGAUUACCUUGAAGCAGGUGCAAAUGUGAUUAUAAGUGCAUCAUAUCAGGCCACCAUUCAGGGUUUUGAAGCUAAAGGUCUAUCCGUUGAAGAAGCUGAAACUUUAAUCAAGAGAAGUGUUGAAAUUGCAUGUGAAGCUCGCGAAAUUUAUCUCCAAAGAUGUGCCAAAGGUUAUUGGGACUUCUUUGAUAGUCCGAAAAUUGAUCGACAUCCAGUUCUAGUUGCCGCUUCAGUCGGCAGCUAUGGUGCUUAUUUGGCUGAUGGAUCCGAGUAUAGUGGCAACUAUGGUGCUUCGAUGACAUUGGAAACAUUGAAGGAGUUCCAUAGGAGAAGGCUGCAGAUUUUGGCCAGCUCGGGUGCCGAUCUCAUUGCGUUCGAAACAAUUCCAAACAAGCUAGAAGCUCAGGCAUACGUAGAGCUUCUCAAGGAGGAAAAUAUAGACAUCCCAGCUUGGUUUUCAUUUAGUUCAACAGAUGGAACCAAUGUGGUUAGUGGUGAUCCCAUUAUAGAAUGUGCCAAUAUUGCAGAUUCAUGCAGCCAAGUUGUUGCUGUAGGCAUCAACUGUACCCCUCCGAGGCUCAUCCAUGGACUCAUUCUCUCUAUUAGAAAGGUGACAAAUAAACCGGUGAUCAUAUAUCCCAACAGUGGUGAGACUUACAAUGGAGAAACCAAGCAAUGGGAGAAAACAAGAGGGGAAACAGAAGAGGAUUUUGUGUCAUAUGUAGGGAAAUGGAGAGAUGCAGGAGCUUGUCUCUUUGGCGGUUGCUGUAGGACUACUCCUAACACCAUAAGAGCUAUAUCAAGGGUUCUCUUUGACAAAUCUUCCUGAAAUUUUCUUCUUGUUCCCCUUGUAAUGGCCAGCAGAAAUCUACUAAUGAAACCUUAAUACAACAGAAACCUACUAAUGAGAAUCAAUGUAAUAAAAGGCUGCUUUCCUUGCAGAGCAGUCUAUGAUAUAAUAAAAAAAAAAAUGCAGAAAUGCAAAAGAAA